GUCAGUGUCGCUGGGGGUUUUGGGAGCUGGCCCCUCAGUGACUGUGGGUGGUGCAUUUACCCGAAACCAUUCAAGAGCUGCGAUUGACAUGAGACAAGUCGACCCUCAUCUGCCCACCCAGUAAACGGGAAAUCACGUCUGGAUCAGUGGAAAUAGCACUGCAAGACAAACAGCCAACUUUUGAGUCAUGUCUUAAAACGGACUUCCAUUCAUGUCAGGAUGCUCUUCAUUUGAUGGACACAGAGGCUGCGCCGACUGACUACUUCUCUCCGCGUCCUAACUGGCAGAAAUUAUGUCCCCAGAUAUUUUCAUUUUGUGUGUGAUAUCAUUCAGCACUAUGCACAUCGCAUCAUCUUUGGAGCUGCAACUUGGCAUGCCAAAUGUUUGUGCUGACCAGGAGAUGUCCAUGUUGGGGGCCCCUCAGCCGUGUGUCCAGGCUUUUACUCGCAUGGUUAAGGUGUGGAAGCAGGGCUGCACAAGCCACAGAUGGUGUAUGGGCUACGAGAGGAGGACAGCGUACUUCACAACCUACAGGCAGGUGUACAGCAUGGAUUUGCGCACAGUCUAUAAGUGCUGCCCUGGCUGGACACAGAAGGGUGAAGAGCCGGGCUGUUUGUAUAGGGUGUGUAGUGCCAAUACAUGUUUCAAUGGAGGGAAAUGUGCAGAGAGUGGAGACCUUAUAUGCCAGUGUCCAGAGGGCUUCAAAGGGCCAAGAUGCCAGUAUGAUGUUAACGAAUGUGAAGUGGAUGAAGGCGGCUGUGAGGGGUACUGUUGCAACACCAUUGGCAGCUACUACUGCAAGUGUCCUGAGGGCAGUAAACUGGGGCCAGAUGGCAAGGCAUGUCACGAUGUAAAUGAGUGUGCAGUGCUCAAUGGAGGAUGCCAGCAAACAUGUGUCAACACACCGGGCUCUUAUCACUGUGAGUGCAGCGAAGGCUUCCGCAUGCACACUGAUGGUCGGACAUGCAUUGCUGUGAAUUCUUGCUCUGUAUUGAAUGGUGGAUGCGAGCAUAAGUGUGUGGACAUGGGGAACAAUCACUAUAAGUGUGAGUGUCGAAGGAACUACCAGCUAAAGAGAGAUGGGAGGCACUGUGAAUUGAGGGACCCCUGUGAGGAGAGGAAUGGAGACUGCGCCCAGCUCUGUCUUUCAGAAGGUGGCCGGGUUCAGUGCAGCUGCCGACCUGGUUUUACAUUGGCUGGAGAUGGCAAGAACUGUGAAGACAUUGAUGAGUGCAGUUCAGGUCAGGCCAAGUGUUCCCAUGGCUGUGUCAACAUGCUGGGCUCCUUUAGCUGUGUGUGUCUUCCUGGUUUUGAACUCGGUGCUGAUGGCAAACAGUGCUACCGCAUUGAGAUGGAGAUCGUCAACAGCUGUGAGAAGAACAACGGAGGUUGCUCUCAUCACUGUGAGCACACCACCAACGGUCCCCUCUGCUCCUGCAACAAUGGCUACCAGCUGGACCAGGACGGGAAGACCUGUGUAGAUAGCGAUGAGUGUUUCAGUGGGGAGUCCUGCUGCAGCCACUUCUGCAGAAAUUACCCAGGCGGGUAUGAGUGCAGCUGCAGAGCAGGCCACAGACUAAACCCAGACGGCUGUGGCUGUGAUGACAUUGAUGAGUGCCUGGCAGAGACCUCAGGCUGUGAACACUACUGUGUCAACACACUGGGAACAUAUGAGUGUUUUUGUCGACUGGGCUUCCGCUUGGAUCAGGAUCAGCACUCCUGCAUCUCUCUGUAUGGCAGAGAUCUGGAUGAAGAAGAAGAGGAGGAGGAGGAAGAAGAGGAGGAGCAGCUGGAGGUCCACAGGUUACCAGACCUACUGUUCCGCAGAGCUCCUCAGCUUCUUCACUACACAUCAGCCUUGCACUCCCAUUAUGACAGUGAUGAUGAUGAUGGUGGUGGUGACAAUGAUGAAGAAUUAGAGAUUCAGAGAGAGCGUCGAGGAGAGCUUAGACUGGAGAGCCACAUAGUGUGUCUAGACAACUCAUUUGGGGAUGAUUGCAGUUUGAGCUGUGAAGACUGUUUGAAUGGAGUGUGUAGUGAAAAUAGAGAGCGAUGUGAAUGUUCACCUGGAUGGACUGGAGUCAUCUGCAAUGAAACUUGUCCACAGGGAACUUAUGGGCAGGCCUGUAACAGUCUGUGCCGCUGUCAGAAUGGAGGCUCGUGUGACCCUGUAACUGGAAAGUGUUUGUGCCCCCCUGGGGUACAAGGCCUGCUCUGCGAGGAUGGUUGUCCAAGGGGCUAUUUUGGAAAGCACUGCAAAAGGAAAUGUAAUUGUCCCAACAAUGGACACUGCCAUCGUCUAUAUGGAGCCUGCCUGUGCUCCCCAGGAUUAUAUGGCCGCUUCUGCCACCUGCCUUGUCCCAGGUGGACACACGGUGCGGGCUGUUCCAAGGAAUGCAUCUGUGUUCAAGAACAUUCCACUGGCUGUGACCCCAAAACGGGGAGCUGUUUCUGUAAGCCUGCAUACCACGGCCCGCAGUGUGAGAAAGAAUGUCAGCCCGGUUUCUUUGGUGCAGGCUGCGAGCAGCCAUGCGACUGCGCAGGUGGAGGGUCAUGUGACCCGAGGACUGGAAUGUGUAACCAUCGAUGUCCUGCAGGACUUCAUGGAGAUAAAUGUCAGCAGGCCUGCUCAGCUGGGAGCUAUGGAGAGAGCUGUCGUCUGACCUGUGACUGUGGGGGAGCUCCUUGUGAUCCCAUAACUGGACAGUGCAUCUGUCCUGCUGGGAGGACCGGAGACUCAUGUCAGGAAGACUGCACUGUUGGAUUCUGGGGGAUGAAAUGCCAGUCAUCUUGUCCUCCCUGCGAGAACAGAGGUUCCUGCAACAAGCAGACUGGUGUCUGUGACUGCAGGCCCGGCUUCACUGGAACACUCUGCCAAAAUGAGUGUCCCCUAGGUUACUAUGGACCAGGCUGUGUAACGCGCUGUUCAUGCCACAAUGAUGCCAGUUGUGACCCACAGACCGGACAGUGUGUCUGCCCACCUGGCAAAAGAGGCCACGACUGUGCAACUUCGUGUGAAUCUGGUUACUGGGGCCAAGGCUGUAUCAGUAAAUGUCAGUGCCAAGAAAGCUCUCUGGGCUGUGACCCUGUCACCGGUCAGUGUGUGUGUGAGGCCGGCUUCAUCGGAGACUACUGUGAGAGAAAGUGUGUGAAUGGCACUUAUGGUCAGGGGUGUGUGCAGCAGUGCCAGUGUCAAAGUGGAGCCCUAUGUGAUCACGUGAGUGGAGCCUGCACAUGUUCCCCCGGAUAUGCUGGCACUUUCUGCGAAAAAAUGUGCCCGGACGGCUUUUACGGUCUUGACUGUGGCCAGAUGUGCGAGUGCAGGAACGGUGCCCGCUGCCACCACAUCACAGGAGCCUGCCUAUGCACCGCCGGCUGGGCAGGACCACACUGCAUUCUGGAAUGCCAGGAGGGUCAUUUUGGGGAGCAGUGCAGUCAGACCUGUGAGUGUCAGAACGGAGCCAGGUGUGACCACGUCACCGGGCGAUGCAGCUGUACGGCCGGGUGGACUGGAGUCAGCUGCCAGCUGCCAUGUCCUGUGGGACAAUAUGGGGAACACUGUUCUGGCCAAUGUCUGUGUCAAAACGGAGGCUCCUGUGACAGCGUGACUGGUCAGUGCUCCUGCCCGCCCGGCUGGACAGGAGCUGCUUGUGAGUUAGAGUGUGAGGAGGGACGUUAUGGAGAGAACUGCACCCAGAUCUGCGGCUGUGCAAACGGAGGGAGAUGUGACAGAGUGACAGGAAGAUGUGUCUGUCUGCUCGGCUGGAUGGGAGAGCUCUGUCAGUCAGCCUGUUCUAAGGGAUUCUUCGGUGAGGGCUGUGAGCGGAGGUGCGACUGUGUCCAUAGCUCGGGUUGCCACCAUGUGACGGGCCGCUGUGAAUGUGAGCCAGGCUGGAGAGGAGCCAAGUGCGACAAACCCUGCCUCCCAGGGUUCUACGGUGCUUCCUGUGCCCAGCGGUGUCAGUGCCAGACCGGAGUACCCUGUCACCAUGAGACAGGGAGUUGUGGAUGCCCAGCCGGACUCACAGGGCCUGGCUGCGAGAAAACGUGUCCUGCUGGCAUGUUUGGGCAAAACUGCAUCCAGCUGUGCCAGUGUUCAGGAGACCAAGAGCAGUGCCAUCCAGUGACGGGGAUAUGUAGCUGUUUACCUGGUUACUAUGGGGCACGCUGUAAGUUACGAUGUCGACCAGGGACUUUUGGGCCCAACUGCAAGUCCAGAUGCAGCUGCAUCAAUGGUGGUCGCUGUGACUUCAGGACCGGGGCUUGCUACUGUCCUCCUGGCUUCAUCGGAGCCAACUGCAGCUCAAGUUGUCCGAGUGGGUACUAUGGGAAGGACUGUGCCAAGCUGUGCUCCUGUGGAGAAGGAGGGAAGUGCCACUCAGUAACCGGGAGGUGUAUCUGUGCCGCUGGUAGGAUGGGACAGUCCUGCCAACAAGCAUGUCCUAGGGGGCGAUACGGCCUGCAGUGCAGAAGCACAUGCAGCUGUCAGAACGGAGGGAUGUGUGAUCCUGUCGACGGGUCCUGCAAGUGUGGACUGGGUUGGACUGGACCCCACUGUGACACAGCUUGUCCACAAGGAAAAUAUGGGCUUGAUUGUGCACAAGACUGUCCAUGCCUCAACAAUGGGACCUGUGACCGUUUCAUUGGCACCUGCAGCUGUACUGCUGGAUACUACGGCCACUUCUGUCAACACGGAUGUCCGUCUGGGUUUUUUGGAAUGAACUGUGCCCUUACCUGUGACUGUAAGGUGGGACAGACCUGUGACCAUGUGACGGGACAAUGUGUGUGUCCACCAGGCUACUAUGGGCCACAAUGCCAAAGACGAUGUGAAGUCGGCAGGUACGGAUUGAACUGUGAAAGGUCAUGUGACUGUGCUGGUGAGGCACCAUGUGACCCAUCAUCUGGGCAGUGCCUCUGUUCCCCAGGAAGGACAGGACAGAGAUGUGAAAAAGACUGUGGUGGAGACCGCUUUGGCCCCGACUGCUCUCUGCCGUGCCAGUGUUCCCACGGCGCCCACUGUGAUGGGCUGACUGGGAGAUGUCUGUGCCCACUCACCUGGUUGGGCCCCACCUGUAGUGAAGCCCUACUACACCAAACCCCAGGAGUGUUGAACUUUUCCAUGUCCCAAAGAAAGAGAAGAGCAGGCAGCAAAACCACAUAACCCAAGCAGCGGUGUAAACUCCUGACAGGACGUUCAAACACAGGGCUUGGCUCUGUGUAGCAUUACUUAGAUCAUCUUGGUAAAGGUGAUUUGGUAUUACUAUGUGUUACUUUGUUUUUGUGAAACUGGUACUCAGCUGUCAGAAACUGGCACUCCAUCACUGAGCCUGGAGCUCGAGAUUAUCAACCAGUGGACCUGGCAUGUGAGGCGCCUUCAAAGGACUAUAAACUCUUAACCUACCUGUCUGAGGUAGAGCCUGAGGAAGAAGUCUGAGGUUACAAUGACGUCUUAGCAAUAAACACCAAUACUUACAUCACAUUUCAAUUGCUGGUUGUAAACUGUUAAUUUGCAUUCAAGAUUUACACUACCAGCAUUUAAUGAGUUGUUAAGGGUUGUGUCUGAAUUUGACCAAGACACACCCGUACAAAUCUUGACCUUAACAACCACUACCAACAUUUAGCUUUCUCUGUUACAUGUGUCACAAAGAAAAUGUAAAAAUAAUAUUUUAAGGACUUGAAGGUCAGCAUAACAGAAUGUCAAGCAUAUAUCUGGUGAAAACUAAGCAGGUUUAGAAAUUGACUUAUUCACCUGUUCUGAACAAAUAUAACAUCAAGAUUCUGUUGCAGAAAUCAUGUUGCUACAGCUGAAAUCUACGCCGUGGGCUGCAGGCAUGUGCGCCACAAGCAUACUGUAUGGCUAAGUAGAUAAGUCAUAAAUGUUAUAGGUAUAGAAGAUGAUCAAAAAUCUAACCGAUAAAUUCUUUUUUUUUAUAUUUAUUGCAGCACAUACACCAUGCAAACAGUACUUGCAAACUCAUGCAACCGUUAUAUAGUUCACUUCUAUCAUAGUGAUCCACAAAACAAUGUUAAAAUCAGUGGUUGGUUGCUUUAAAUAUUAACCUAAACAGACUCAUAUUCCAUCCUUACCUUGAACAUUUUUUUUCCUGUAGACCUGCAUGUAUACAAAUGUCUGUGAGGAUAUUUUCUAUCCAUAAUGUAAGUUAUUUCAACAUGCUGGCUCACAGGAUUGUGAACUCUCUCCAUCUAUUGGCAUUUUUCAAGGGUUUUCUUAUUGCGGUGCAGUGUGCUGGGCGCAAAAUACUGCAGGCAAAAACCUGCAUGCGUUGCACUUCUUUCACAUCUGUGUUUAUUGAGUUAGCAGCUUAUAUAAAUGAUACAAGUGAUGUAAAUAUUUUUUUCUGCAGCACCUGUAAACAUUUAUCUGGUAUUACAACUUUGGAAGCCUUUUGUAAUACAGAUAUGAGAGCAUUUUUGUAUCUCAGGUCAGUGGCAGUUAUAUCAGUCAUAAUCUACUGUGUUCAUUAGUAGGUGGCAUACCUGUGUCAGUGGUGCUAUAUUGAUACAUUUUUUUGUAUAGAAUUGAUAUAUUCCAUUUUUACUGUGUCUCCCCGUUGUUUUUAUUUCCUCUGUGAUACUGUAUGUCUUUAUCCUCUCUGGUCGUCUUUUUACUCAAACAAUGAGAACAAGAGCCAUGAACCAAAUAAAUAACAAUAAAAAACAUUUAUGGACA